AUGCAGACAGGUGGAGACCAGAGAGGUGGCCACAGCCAUCACCUCUCCACUGGGACCCAGGCUGGGAGGGAUGGGCAGGGAAAGCACUGGGUAUCGUGGGCCUGCCAGCUCAGGAGUGGGGGGAGGGGUACUCUCCCCUCCCAGCCCACAACCCCUCUCUGCCCAGCCACAGUUUUCCCUUUCUUCACUUCCUCUGCCUCUCUCUCCCACUUGUUUACACUCCCCAAAUACGCGCAGGCUGUUAUCAUGGGUCCUGAGUCAUCCCACACACACAGGCUGCCCCUCGUCUCUGCCCCCAGCCAGCCACAGGCCCGCCCCACAGAGCCCCCUGCCUCCCCGGCUAAUGGGAGCCAGAUGGCCGCCUGGUGA